CUCAACUCACUGCUCUUCCGCUUCCAGGCUUCCAACUCCCAGACUCGAAUUCGCUGGAAGCGAAGCAAAUGGAAAGGAAUUCGUUUCUCUGGCUGUUCUUCACCGCGUGUUUAAUAUUUUUCUCGCUCUCUGUUGACUCUGCAAAUGAACUCUCCCUAGUCAUUGCUCAGUCUACCACAUUGCAGAUAAGUGCAAGCUGGCCAGUGGAAAAAUCUCUUGGUUCCAAGCCUGUGCUAUGUGAAAGGGUUCAGAUCCAGGGGUUGCCAAGACUGGAAAAUCUUAAAAAGUAUGCUCAUUCUGUAAAAGUGGAAGUUUCUAAUUUAAAUUCAAGUGCCCGUCCACCAAAUGCUGAGUUCUGUUUCCACUGGAACUACUCUCUUGGGGUAGGGAUGUGCCCUCAAGGCCAGUGGGAAAAACUUGUUAAGGGGUCAUGGGUCAAGUCCAUGUCACCAUUUGACCACAGGCUCCUAGACGUACGAAUGGCUGCUUCUUCCAAAGAAAUACUUCAGGUGUCCAUUAUUGAAGAAUUUUUCUGGUAUCACAUAAUAUUUUUGGUCAUUGGAAUUAUUAUGUUGACACUGGCCUCCUCUCUGAGCAAGUCUUUAGUUUUCUACUACAGCAGUGCAAUGGCAAUUGGUAUCAUCCUUGUCAUAUUGAUGAUCCUUUUUCAGGGGAUGAAGCUUUUACCAACUGGUCGAAAGAACUCAGUUGCAAUUUUUGUGUACUCAUCGAUUGUUGGCUUGGGAUCCUUUUUCCUCCGCUACCUGCCAAGAUUAUUACAUUCAGUUCUUGGGGAGAUGGGAAUAAGUGAAGAUAUGUAUUAUCCUCUGGCAAUGAUUCUGUUGAUUUUUCUUGUUCUAGCCGGAUCAUGGUUGGGCUUCUGGGUUGUUCGCAAACUUGUCUUAACAGAAUAUGGAUUGAUUGAUAAAGGUGUAUCACAUUUUGUGGCAUGGUCCAUCCGUGUUAUUGCUGCUGUUAUGAUUCUUCAGAGUUCCGAGGACCCUUUACUGGCAGCAACAGCAUUGUUAUGUGGAAUACUGGUUUCGUUGAUAUUUAGGAGAAUUACCAGAUCCCGAUUUAUACGCCGUCUAUAUAAGACCUUGCGAUGUCGGGUUCCAAGUUCAUCACCACUGAAAGAUCCUUUUGAUGAAUAUGGACAUGACACUCAGAAGACCACUAACUCUGAAUUCUUGAGGCCUCGAUCCAGACACUUCACAAUGGCAUCUUGCACUACUCGUGUCCGAGGCUUUGCCAGGACACCUCCUCCAAGUCAGCGGCUAGAUUCAGAGACUUACUAUUCCAGCUUCCAUAGAACACCCGAAAAAAGAAAAUUCUCCAAGGAAGAAUGGGAAACAUUCACCAGGGACUCGACCAAGAAAGCGCUGGAGGAGCUUGUUUCAUCGCCCGAUUUCAGCAAAUGGGCUGUCGCUCAUGCUGAUAGGAUUACUUUAACUCCUGACAAAGAUACUCCUGACCAUCGUCGAAGGUGGCUGCUUCCUUGGUUUUGAGCAUUUGAUGGGUUCUCUCGACACUGAUUCAACACUAUGCGAAUUAACCAUAAACCAUGCCGUAGCUAGGAGUUAGAAUGGCAGGGUUCUUGUAGAAUAGUUACCUUGUAGCAAGGGACGCCAUUACCCUCAUGUAACCUCCAAAAAGAUAUGAUUUGUUCCGAAGGAUGAUAUCUACUUCGGUACAAAACACUUACUGUACAACUAACUACAUUGAUAGCUAUAUAGCGGAGCUUUCAGGAUUUUGUUUCUUUUCAAUUUUACUUUUACAUCAUUUCUCACAUUCAAAUCCUAUCUCCAUGUUUAUCCUCUAGGCUAUUCCACUCAGAUGAAGUCAAAGACACUUUAUCUCCCUACAACAUGGUACUACGCCUCCACGUGUCAACCAUCCUUCAUCCUAGCCAACCGCCACUACCUUGAAGUUGAAGGAUGUGGCUUGUUUCUUUAUACAGAUUCCCUUUGAAUAGCGUGAACUUCACGUGGGGAGUUCGAUCAGCCCAGCGCAGUACGCCAUUGACUUCCUUUUUUUCAUUAAUUUUGCUACACUAUAAUAUAGUUCAUAAGUUUUUAUUUUUUAACCAUGAGAAAUCGACGCGUUCCCACCACAAUUAGUCUCUGG